AUGGAGAACUUCACCGUGGAUAACGUGACUGUGGAGAAUGACACGUCGGUGCAGGACAAUCAGACCCUGGGUGUGUGGACUGACUACACGGUUGAGUACAAAGUGGUCAGCGUGUUUUUGGUGUCUCUAAUAUGCGGGGUGGGGAUCGUGGGGAACGUGAUGGUCAUCCUGGUGGUCCUGACCACCAAACACAUGCGGACUCCCACAAACUGUUACCUGGUGAGUCUGGCCGCGGCUGACCUGAUGGUGCUGACGGCCGCCGGGCUGCCCAACAUCACGGACGCGUUAUACGGACAGUGGGUGUUCGGGUACGCGGGGUGUUUGGGGAUCACCUAUUUCCAGUACCUGGGUAUCAAUGCGUCCUCGUGCUCCAUCACCGCCUUCACCGUGGAGCGCUACAUCGCCAUCUGCCACCCCAUUAAAGCGCAGUUCCUGUGCACUUUAUCCAGGGCGAAGAAGAUCAUAAUGCUGGUGUGGACUCUCACCUCCGGCUACUGCGUCAUGUGGCUCUUUCUGUCAGACACUAAAAAGUUGGUUUAUGACAACGUGGUUCUGCUCAGCUGCGCCUACAAAGUGUCCAGGAAUCACUACCUGCCAAUCUACUUCACAGAUUUCGCCGUGUUUUACGUGCUGCCCCUCAUGCUGGCCACGGUUCUAUACGGGCUCAUCGCCCGGAUCCUGAUCCUGAACCCGCUGCCCUCAGACCCUAGAGACAGCACCAAGAAGUGGAAGAAGGAGACGAGUCAAGGGGGGAGGAUGAUCGGCUCUAGCACCUCCAGCAGCACCACAGCUGCCUCCCGCAGACAGGUGACAAAGAUGCUGGCUGUGGUUGUGAUCCUCUUCGCCUUACUUUGGAUGCCCUAUCGGACCUUGGUGGUGGUUAACUCCUUUCUGGACAAAGCCUACUUAGACACCUGGUUCUUGCUCUUCUGUCGUCUCUGCAUCUACUUAAACAGCGCCAUCAACCCAGUCAUCUACAACGCCAUGUCUCAGAAGUUCCGUGCCGCUUUUAAGAAGUUGUGCCACUGCGGCCCUCAGCGGAUGGAGAAGCCGGCGUCUUACAGCGUGGCGCUAACCUACAGCGUCAUCAAGGAGACGUCCAACGGGGAGAGUCCGGACCACUUCACUACAGAUAUGGACGAGCUGAACACACCGACGGAUCAGUACUUACCCACCAGCAUCCUGCCAAAUGCCAAGAAGUUGCCUUUCCAUGAGCCUCGUCUGUCUGGUAGUGAUGUAAAGGCCUGA